GCUGUACAUGUAAUACUUAAUGAACUCACCUGUAUUGGAUGUAUAGAUAAGAAAGAGACAUACAACAGUGAAGCCGGGGAACAUGACAGGACAAAAACUACUAGGUACAGUAACUGUCAUCCUGGCCGGCCUGAUUAGCAUGACGAAUGGGCAGUUCGGUACAAGACAUUCAUCACACCACGGAAUGGACGGGGAUGUCCGGUGUAUUUACUGCACGCCGGGAACCUGUGAUAACGUGACGGGCACCUGUGGCCAGUGCUUAGAUGGCUUCUUCGGGAAGAAUUGUAAAGAAACUUGUCCAAACACAUGUUUGUCCUGUGACAAAACAGACGGCAAAUGCAAGUCUUGUGUCAAUGGAUGGUUCGGUGAAAAAUGUGAGCAGGAAUGCCAACAGUGUGAUACAUGUAAUAAAGUCACUGGAGCAUGUGCUUCCUGUUUGUCAAAUAAAUGGGGAAAAAAUUGUCAAAAUCUAUGUGAGGAUGGUUGCCAGAGGUGUGAGGUCCUGACGGGGACAUGCCAAGUUUGCGCAAAUGGGUUUUAUGGCGAACGGUGUAAUCUGAAUUGCAGUAUAUGCAGACAAGGCUUGUGCGAUCGAGAAAAUGGAAAAUGCUUAUAUGGCUGCAAUGACGGGCGUCACGGGGAAAAAUGUGAGAAGGAAUGCUCUAACAACUGCCGUGUAUGUAACCAAGCUGACGGGUCAUGUUUGAUGUGUGAACCUCCACUUUGGGGGGAGUACUGCGACACCAAAUGCCCAACCAAUUGUGAUUAUUGUAAUAUUACGACUGGAGACUGUCUAGAGUGUAACCCAGGUUUUCAUGGUAAAAAAUGCACAAAUGACUGCAACAAUUGUUUGGAUGGCUUUUGUGAGAAAGAUACAGGAUAUUGCCAAGGCUCAUGUCUAGAUGGAUGGUUCGGUGCCAAGUGCGAUAAGAAAUGUAUGAAGAAUUGUCGACGCUGUGCUGCUGAAGAUAAAUGUAUGCUUUGUGAGAAGGGAUUAGCCGGUGAACAAUGUGAUAUUAAAUGUCCAGAACGAUGUCCAACGUGUGUGACCGAUAUGUUCUCAGGCGAUAUCAAGUGUAUGGAAUGUAGCGGAGAGUUCAAAAUACCAGAAAAGAACUGUUCUUGUACGAGUACAAAAUGCAUACAAUUAAAAGAAAGUAGUGUUGGGGGAUUCACUUGUGGAAAGUGUGCUACAGGUUGGUAUCUUAGAGAAGGAACAUGCUGUCCAUGUCAUCGCUGCGCAGGUGGAAACCAAUUUUGCGAUGCGGGUGGCAUUUGUAAGAAAGGGUGUGAACCGAAAUACUUCCCAGAAACUGAAGGUUGUGACCAGUAUUGCGACAUUCCUCACUGUACCUGGUGUGAAUCAUUUUAUGGACAUGGCAAAAUAUGUAAGGGUUGUGACCAAGGGCACUUCUUAAAGCAUGAUGGAUGCGAACCCUGCAGCUCCUAUUGUAAGGGAGGUUCAUUCCGCUGUGACCAGAAGACAGGGGUUUGUCUUGAUGGUUGCGAGAAAGGAGGGUAUGGAGAAAAAUGUGACUCUCUCUGUCCCGAUAAGCACUGCCCUCUACCUGUUUGCGACAUUCAAAAUUGUGAUGUCUGUGAAAAAUCGACAGACUCCGCCGCGAAAUGCAAAAAAUGUAAAACCGGAUAUCAUACUUAUAAAGGAAAAUGCAGGCCGUGUAGUUCUAACUGUUUAGGAGAUGUUUGUGACGAAAUUACUGGUACAUGUAUUAAAGGAUGCAAGCCCGGUUGGACAAAAGGAUGGUGUAAUGUUAAGAAGAGUGAGAAGAAAUUCAACCCAAGAGUCAAGCUUUGUAGAGGAAAUUGCUUUACCUGCGACGCUAUGACUGGGGAAUGUGCUAACUGUCAUGCAGGGUCUUGGGGAUCACGAUGCAACAAAAUAUGCCCCGAAAAUUGCAGAACCUGUGACAUAAAGACUGGCAAGUGUGUUGUUUUAUGUAGUAGAUAUUGCAAACAAACGGGCAAUGAGUUGUCACCUUGUGAUAGCAUUACCGGUGAGUGCUUAAACGGCUGUUUGGACGGCUGGCUAGGGAAAAGAUGUCGCUACAGGUGCAUUGGAAAUGAAAAAGGAAAGUGCAUGAUAACAAGAAAGCCUUUGCUGGAAACAAUUUAUUUUAAAAAAUAAGAGAAUGCAAUUUUCUCUUGUUAGUACAAUCAUUUAUACUACUUACUUAUUUAGUCUUAUAGAAUAAAAUAUGUUGAUCUUUAACACUCUACGCAGAUUGAGACAACCGAUUGUUAUCUGUCACCAUCUGUUGUGCCAAUGGCUUCUUGUAUUUGUCUUUUAAUUUAUGAAAACAUUUUCAUUCAUCAAAAAUUGUUAAAGAUAAAUUAAUUUUAGUAGUUAGCAUUUUGGGGUAACUUUGCUCGAAACUGUUUAAUGCAUUAUCAAUCCUAGGGUAUUGAUUCACAAAAUAAUACAAAAAAGUAAACAAUAGUUUUAAAAAUGUUCUUAAUUUCUAGAUGUUUCAUACACAAGAUAAUUAAACUGAAUUAAAAAUAAUAUUCUUCUCCUCACCUAUUUUAUUUUGAGGUAGGGCUGAAAACACGUUUUGCAUACGGGAAAAGACGAAAGUCGUAUUUCAUGCAUGAAUGGCAAAAAAAAAUUGAGGUUGUUUCUGUUUGCAAAAAAAAAUGUACAAUGUAUGUAAAGAGUCAGUCAAGUGACUAUCGGCAAUAUAUUUUCCUGGUAUAUACGUUUAUAUAGUUUUUAAAAACUUUUUUUUGCACUACACAGUGGGCUUCAUUUAGUUUACUACAUUAAUAAAAUUAAAUCAGCAAUGCUUUUUGGGAUUUACCUUUGGCAGGAAGGAAAGAAAAAAAAUCUCACUCUACUCAAAGUUAAGAAUGCCAACGAUGGUAGAAACAUGACUUUCUUUUACAGACAAAACAUAUUUUAAAGGUUAUUUGACCUUUACACGUAAUCACCCUGUCUCUUUUUCUCUUAAAAAUUCUAAAAGUAAUAUUUAAAAACUCAAAAACACAAAGCCUGUUUUAAUUAAUUUGACAUUGUCUUUUCUUACGGAAGCCCAUU